AUGUGGGCCUUCUUAGUGAUCACGCUUGUCCUGGCUGUCAGGGCAUCAGACACUAAGAACAACACAGAGGUUGAAGAACAGCUUGAUAUAGCUAGAGGUAAACUGCUGGCUCCCAGUGUGGUCGGAUGAGGCAUAAAGAAAAUGCCAGAGCUCCAUCAUUUUCUUCUGGAGCGCUGGGCUUUAUACCACAACUUGGAAUACGAUUCAUCGGAGGAGAAGAAUCCCCAUCUGAUAUUCUAUAACCAAAAAGACGAGGUUGUAAAGACUGUUCCUGUGAAGGAAAUGAAGGCAGAGGAGAUCAGCAGCCUGUUGGACUCACUAGGUUUCUACAAGAGGACCCAGAAAGGGGAAGAGGUGCCAGAGGAGUUCCAGCAGUUCCCCCUGCGGCCCCCCAAGGACGAGCUGUGAUGACACCAUGUGGCCAAACGCUGCCACUGCAUCCGGGUCACAUUAAUGACGAGUGGGGCCCCAAGGCUAAAACGAUAAGCCAGGCACCAUUCCGAGGACCUGCUGGCCCGGUGCGGUGUGCAGCAGCGUGUUAGUCAUCGCUGUGUUACUCAGUUUA